UGUUUGCAUACCAUAGCUGUGCUUGCUGUGAACGCAAGUACUGCGGUGGCGUGGUUAAAAUGAAUCGCAGUUGAGCAGGCUCCGUUUCCUUUAUUCCUCAACACUGAGUUUACAGAUUGUCUUCAGAAUUCAGAGAAACUUUAUUCCUUAGAGACAUCGAGAUCACAGGACUGGUUACACUGGAAGGUGUAAGCGAGCUGGAUGAUUGAAGCGGAGCGCUCAAUUACUGACUGAAUGUGGUGGUGAAUCAACUUAGCUCAGAACAGGAACGGAAUACUCUAACGAGCCCUGAGACUGCAUUUCUUGUUUUAAGUGUUUGGAAUUGGGCUCCUGCCAUGUGGUAAUGUAGACACAAGCUCCAAAGGUUUCUGUAGAUACUAGAGACCCUCCCAGAGGCGUGGGACCUGUAUUGUCACUUUUUUGAACAGAAUGGGAAACCUGACUGCAAGAGAAAGCUCAGCUGUUGAAGACACUGAUCAGCAGACUGAGGGGCAGGUUCCUGUGGGUCAUGUCUCCUAUUCCAUUCACAAAGGACAGGGUCCUGUUGAUCACGUGCCCAACAUGCGUCAAGAGGGACAGGGUCCUGUUGAUCCCUUCUCCUAUGCACCUCAAUCUCAGACCUGCCCAGACAGUACAGCUCUCAGCCCCCCACCACACUCCACUCCUGCAGUACCAGGCGUGCCAGGCAGGAGGGGAUCUGAGGAGAGUGUCACCACGGAUGAAGGGGUGGACUGGUCUGCUGUCACAAAGAACAGUGGUAGAAGGGAAGCUUCUCUACCUGGGAAUCUUGGGCAGGACCUGGCCAGUGAGGAUCUCUGCAGGAGCCAGGAAAGCUUGGUGGUGUUGCACAGCACAGGACCUUAUGAGGACGGGAAACCAGAACGGACUGCAGACUGGGAAAUCCAACCAGACAAAGUCACCACCCAUCAUGUGAGACCCACUUCAGCCAGCAAGGACUCCGGGUGUUUAAGCCAAGCACACUCCACAGAGAGGCAGUGCAGCUUGUCUCCAUCUCCAGAGAAGGCCUCUGAGCUGCAACGUGAUCAAAGAGACUGCAGUCUGGUGCACUGGGAUGAGAAGGACAGUGGCCUGGAUGAUUCAGCAGAGCAGGACAGCAGAGUAGCAUAUUCAUCAGAUGACCUGGAGGGGUUUGUGAAGGAGAUAAAGGAUAGACUGCACUCCUCUGAAUGUGGAAUCCAGGGUGGCACUGCAACACCUACUGACAGUGAGUCUAUGAAACAGUUGCAUGUGGAAAAAGAAUUGCUUGCUGAAAUAAAAAGUUUGAAGGAGAAGAUGAAGGUGGACUCGGAGGAGUGGAGUCAGUUCCAGGCUGACUUGCAGGUGGCAGUGUCUGUCGCAGACAGGAUGAAAUUGGAGGCAGAGGAUGAACUGAGCAUGCUCAGAACAAGACUGCAGGAGACUGAGGCAGAGCUGAGUGCUCUCAGAAUAUCACAGCAGGAGACAGAGAAAGAGUUUGAUACUCUCAAGGUAUCGCAUCAGGAAACGGUGUCGGAGCUGGUCAUGCUCAAAGCAGCCUACCAGAAGAUAGAGGCGGAGCUGAAGGGGCUCCGAACAGGUCGCCCGGAACAGCAGGCGGCACUGUGCUGGAGAGUACAGGACAAGCAUGAGAGGACCAGAACAGAUGCAUUGGAUGCAGGAGAGCUGCUGAAAGAGAGACACCUCUCCCUGUCCUCCCUGCCUCCCCCUACAGUGAAUGGAGACUUACACCGCUGGAAAUCCACAGUGUCUUCCACAAAGCUACCUUCCAUCGAGAAGGAGAAAGCUUCCGGAGGAUGGAGAGCCGAUAAACCGGAGGAGGCCUGUGGGAGCCCUGCACUCACUGCUGCAGGUGUGGAUUCUGGGAAGUUCUGCAUAACCGAAAGGGCAGAAAUAAGAAUAGAAGGAGAAAGGACAGUGAAAAAGCAGGGUGACCUAACUCUUACUCAACAGAACCCUGUUGGGAUGGCAUCCGCAGCAUCUUUAAAAAAUAAGAUCAGACAAAGGGAAGGUUUGAGCUCUCUGAUGAAGCGCCACAGUGGCUCAAAAAGAAAUUCCUUACUGUGCUGGUGCCAGAACAGGACCGAGGGCUACCAGAAUGUUGACAUAACCAACUUCAGCAGCAGCUGGACAGACGGCCUGGCUUUUUGUGCUGUCUAUCAUACAUACCUACCCAACCAUAUCCCCUUCAGCAGACUGAGCCCUCUCAAUAAGAGAGAGAAUCUGAAUUUGGCAUUCACAACUGGUGAUGGUAUAGGAAUACCACCAUCUCUGACGGUGGAGGAGAUGUUGAGAGCUGAAGGACCUGACUGGCAGAGAGUGCUGGAGUAUGUGGAAUGCAUCUUCAAGCACUUUGAAAUGUGAACACAGGAAAUGACAGCUAGCAUGUGACAUGUACAAACAACUGUAACCAUUGCAAGUUUCCAUCCCACCUGAACACAACGUGGCACUGUCCAGCAGAUCAGGGGCUAUGCAGAUUCUUUAAUGCUGCUGAUGAACUGGAAAGUAGUUUGAAAUUAGAUCUUGAAAGACAGUUCAGUUCUACUCUGGGGCUGUGGUUCAUUUAUCUGGGAAAAUUAUUUUUAUGAAGUUAUUUACAUAGCAGGUAUUGCUCUGUAGCUGAUCAGUAAGAAUAGUAUAUUUUAGGAGAAAUGGAAGGAUGUAUUUUAUCAGCCCUGCUGAGUAGUACAAAUGUCCCAAAUGCUACUGCAGAUGCAACAAAUCCCAGAUAGUGUUUUUCUAAAGGGCAUAGUCUGUUGAGAUUUAUUUUUUUCAUCAAAUGGUAUUUUUUUUUUUUUUUUGUAAAUAAGCACUAUACUUUAUUUGUCACUUUAUGGAAACUUCUCAUAGUAAAUUGAGGUUAGCACAUUUGUUUUUUGGCCGGUGUCUGAUUUAUCAUACUUCUUUAUUUCAAACAGAACCGGUCCAUGUACUAUUAUUUUUUUAAAUAAUAAUAAACCUUUAAACCUUAAAAUUCUUGUAAUGCGAAUGUGCUAAUUAGUGCCAAAGGUUUUGUAACAGGAAAGAAAAAGUAAAGUAGCUGCUAUUCCUGAUAUGUUGAACUGGUAGAUUUAUGUCAGCUUUUUGUAUAUGAGUGUUGACAGAAGACUGGAGACAUUAUGUUGAUGUGAAAUAUCUUUGUUAAAUGUUUCAACUAAAGAAGAAAAGCUAAAAUAUAUCUGAUUUGUAUUUAGGACACAUUCACAAGCAUUAUUUGCCUAAAUGCUUUCCUUUCUUUUUUUUCCAUACCCUUUACCCUGGACUUCCCAGACGAGACAGCUAAAGGGAUUUAAAAUAGUAAGCCAAGCUCCAGUGUGACACUCAAGUCUAUUGCUGUUAUCACAAGGAUUCAGUCAUUUUACUUGUUUUGUUAACAGAUUGUAAGGAAACUAAAUUAUUUACAUAUUUCUCUGUGUAAAGGAGUGCACACAACAAGGAUUUAAGCAGAAUUUUCCUUUAUUGAGUCCAAUGAUCAAAAGACACUUUUAAAGCUCAAUCAUUAUUAUUAUACACAUUAAUGAGGCCAGUAGUUAUUAACAGAAAUUAAGCAGCGAUAUCUGUUACCGUUUUCCAGAAGAGACAUCGGGCACGUUGCUGGUGCGUGUUCAUGGAAGAUCUUGGUGCUUCUCUAUUGAACCUCCAAGUGCCUGCUGUUUUAUUCAGUUGGUACACCCCAUGUGUGCAAAGCUUAAUUACUGGUUUAUCUCUGUGUGUCAGCAACAUUUUGACCAGACAACUCCUGCUUUCACCAGGUCAUGUCGAGGUCAAUUGUGCAUAUUUUAUUGCCCCUUUUCUCAGGUAAUAAAACAUUUGAGCAGCAUCCCCUGCCAAGAUACAAGAUGAUAAAACUUGAUUUAUCAAUUUUUUGAAGUUAUCAAGUUGUUUUAAGGAGGUUCCAAAUAUGAGCCUCUUGGAAGCGCAUGAAUGAGAAAUAUACAAAAACAUGUCCUCAAAGUCAUUCCUUUUUAGGCUAAGUACCUACAGUUUAAGUAUUUCUGUGUCCUGUCUGGAGUUACCAAGGUACAUUUAAAAAAUUUCUGUAUUGGUGCUAAGCCUCUUUGAGUUUCUAUAUUAGUGUAUAAACUGUCUAUUUGUAUUGUAAAUAGGAAAUAAUUGAUUGGUGUGAUAAUAUUUUUAAUUGUGUUAAAUGAGUCCUUUAUAUAACUUGUAUGUUUUUUUGUGAGAUUGGAUUUAGAAAACAUCUAUGUAUUCUGAUAUUCUAUAUAAUUCACUACCACAAUCUGAAACUAUGGGUUUACUGGGAAGAACUUUAUACGGUAUUGUCCAGGUGUGACAAGCUUUUUUAGGUUAUAUAUAAAAUGCUCAAGAGCUGGGUGCGUUCUCUCUUGUUAAGUAGUAGACCUGUUUUGGUUUAAGAAGUUCCUUUUGUUGUACUUGAUUUAGGAUAGAGGAGAAUCUUUUUAUGGUAUCUGGGCAAAUGGGUUGGUUUAAUUUUUUAUGGUGUACCAAGUUGUUUAAUUGUCUCUUAGCUUCAUAUAAAUAUUGCUCUUUGUCCAUAAUAAUUAUUGAGCUACCUGUGUCUGCUGGUUUAAUUACGAUUUCUUUAAUUUGGGUUAGUGUUUUAAAUUCCUUUCUUUCUGGUUUAGUCAGAUUGUCUCUGCAAAUGUAUCCUUCUGGGUUAAUGGUGUCCAAAACUAAGUUGUCUUAUAUUAUUAAGCCUGUGAUUAUAGGAUACAUUUGUCUAGUUAUUAGGGUUUGGGUUAAGGUGAGGGUUGGAUCUAGGGUUAAGGUCGUAGCUUGCAUUAGCGAUGGAGCAAGCAUUAGCACUAGGGCUAGGGUUAGGUUUGGAGUUAGGGUUAGGUCUAGGGGGUUAGGAAUGGAGCUAGGGUUAGGCUUAGCGUGGGAGCUAGGAUUAGGAUUAGGGAUGGAAGCUAGGGUUAGUCUUAUGGGAAGAGCUAUGUUUAGGGUCCUCCAAAGAGGGAGUUCAUGAUCGCAAGUCUGCCAGGCUGAAUGAAAUGAACCUUGAUUUAAACCAAAAAUACGCCACUACCUUAGCUUCAACCCUUAAUCUAGGUCCACCCCCUAACCCUGCCCUAACCCUAGCUCAAACAUUAACCCUAUCUCCAACCCUAAUCCUAAAUCUAUCUGAAAUGCUUACUCCAGCUCCAACCCUAUCUCUAACCCUAACCCUAACCAAACAGCCUGAGUUUACAAAGAUCAGCCAUGCCGGUAAAUACAUGCACUGCCGAUUUUUAGUAGUUGGUUUGUACUGAAAAUGUUGAGAGACAUGUAAAUGCCUUUAUUAAUGUAUCCCUUCACAACCUGCACAGACAUUACUGUACUUUUUAUGUAUUAUUGUCUAUUUAUGUAUUUAUGUACUAUUAUGUAUUUAUGUAUUCUGCAUCUGAAUGAGUGCAGACACCCAGCUGUAAGUAUUGUAUUGCACAUUUCUGUCCAGCAGGAGGAGUAGCGCAUCACUAGUAGUUUAAAUUCGGAGGAACAAAAACCUAAAAGCUGCUUCGUUCAUAGUAAAUGCUCCAACAAAAACAACAAAAUAGCCUCAAACACUUUAAACAACUGAAACACAUAACAAGCCCUUGUUAUAAUAUAACAUGCAACAUUGAACAAAAACUUAACCACAACAGAAAAAUGGUAUUAAUGCAAUCCAGUGUACAACUUGUACUAUAAUAUACAUUGGAGAAACCAAAAGACAGUUCAAAAUCAGACUAGCACACCAUCUCUACAACAUCAGACACAAUUUAGAAGCACAUCCAUUUUAGGGAACACAGUCUAGACUCCCUACAAAUGGCAGGGCUACAAACUAAUAAUAAACAGACAAACUCAGGGGGGAAAAAAAGCAAAAAGGAGGUGGCUAGAUAAAUUAAACACACUAACACCAUUAGAAUCAAAUUAAACAAAUCAUCCAAGAACCUGAGCAACAUUCUUGGAAGUAAAUAGAAUCAGAAAAACCUUUUUUCAGUAACCAAAUGUAUACAACCUUAAAACACCAACCAAAACUUAAGCAAAUAUGUAGUGCUGUGCCACUCCUUAAGGAAAACAUUCCUUUAAGAAAACGUCCUAAUCAAACCUAACCAUGUCCAAACAGCCCUCCUCAAACACUCUAAACACCAAACAAGCACGCACGCACACACACACACACACACACCACUUCAAAGGGUAACAUUAGUUUACUUUCUCCCUGCAGGGCCAGCACAGGUACAUAAAGAUAGACUUAAGUGGACCAUACUCUGUAAAUAUAACAAUAAAACAAUUAAAUAACUCCAAACAGAUACUAUACAUCCAAAGUGAUAUGCAAGACCUAGAGGGGCUUGACAAUGACACAGUGGAAUCUGGAAGGGCAUUCCAUAACCCCAAGGCUGUUCCAAAGAAAGACUAAUGACACAACUGAA